CAUUUUGCAAAACACACAUACCCUCUCUCUCUUUUCCACCAGACUCUUCCCUUUCCAAUUGCCAUUCCCUUAUCUCCUUCUAUUUUCCCUCAAUCUUUCCUUAUUACGCCCGCAACUCAAUUUUUUCUAUUUUCUUCCUUCCUCUUUUUCUCUGUUAGGGUUUUAUUUUCUUUUCGCUUUUUUUUUUUAAUAAUCAUAAACGAAGCUAUGUCGAAGAAGAGGAAAUCCGAUGCUACGCGCCUGGACGAGGUGGAUCGGAGCAUGUACACCACCUUCUGCAGCGCGGCUAACUCGCUUUCGCAGCUUUACUCGCAGGCCAUGAACCACCAGCGCCUCUCGUUCCAGGCCGGUGAACGUCACGCGCUGGAGAAACUUUUUCAAUGGAUUCUGAGGCAGCAAGAAGAAGGAUCAAGGGUGACAACAGCUGAUAUAUUUGCUUAUUUGCAGAAUGAGCUUGAAUAUGGAGCAGAGGAGUCUCCAAUGUCCCCCAGGCUGUCAUUUCAGCACCAGCACCCUCAAACUGCAACACACCCAAACACUUUAGGUGCUCCUUUUUGUUCUACUCCAAUUUCACCAGCAACAAUUACGCAAGGAAUUCGAUCUGGGGAUUACCAAGCAAAGAAUUCCGUAUUCUCAAAUGCACUCUCCAGCCCUGUUCGUCGUAGCCUUCAGCAAUACCACUCAGUCCAGGGUGGUUACAAUUCAAAUAAUGUUGUGUCUGCUGCCAGUGGACCUCGGAACAAUGAGACCAACAACUACAUUCACCAACAAAACAGGGAAGCCAAUUCCCCAGGCACUACUGAUUGCAUGGACAUGCAUGCUGAUAGUCCAGGCCGUGAUUUCCCUUUCUGAAAUUUCUCUCUUGUCAUUUAUUUAUUUAUUUUUCUUUUUUUUUUUUCUGGUAAAAUUUCUUGUAAGACUGGAAACUCAAAAUUCUCAAUGUUUAUGUAUAAUAAUAUAUUAUAUAUUUCUCUAA